AUGGAGUAUUCAUCAUAUAUUGACAUAAACCUGCUUGAUCAGGAAGGAUUUGAUAACGAGGAACAGAUGCAAUAUGAAGACUUUGAUGGAGAAGAAAUUUAUCCACCCGAUCCUGAAUUGCAACCUGAUAUAAAUCAAGAAGAUUGUUGGACAGUUAUAUCUUCAUUUUUUCAUGACAAAGGACUUGUUCGACAACAACUUGAUUCAUUCGACGAAUUUGUGCAAAAUACUAUGCAAGAAAUUGUUGAUGAAAAUAAGAACCUUGUGUUGCAAACGGUUUCAGGAAAUCAAGGAGGGGAAGGAGAUAAGGCGAGACGAUUUUAUAUUCGAUUUGGACAAGUCUACCUAUCAAAGCCUACCAUGACUGAAGCUGAUGGUAGUGUCCAAGCAAUGUUUCCACAAGAAGCGCGUCUUAGGAAUUUAACAUAUGCUGCUCCUCUUUACGUUAACAUGAAAAAGGAGGUGAUGGUGGCAGAUCCUAAGGCACCAGAAAAUAGAGGGAAAGCGACGCUAAAUGAAAUGUUUGAUGAAGCUGAUUUAGAGUAUGAUCCUGAUGAAAAAAGUUAUGAUAAAGUUUUUGUAGGAAAGAUUCCUGUCAUGUUAAAAUCAACGUUUUGUGUACUGAACGGUUUAGACGACAAGAGUCUUUAUGCAUUAAAUGAAUGUCCUUAUGAUCAGGGAGGUUAUUUUAUCAUCAACGGUUCUGAAAAGGUGUUGAUUGCACAAGAAAGAAUGGCAACAAACACUGUUUAUGUUUUUACAAAAUCACCACCAUCACCAUUUUCAUAUACAGCUGAAAUUAGAAGUGCUAUGGAAAAAGGAUCAAAAUUAGCCAGUUCAUUAACGAUUAAGCUUAUGGCUAAAACAGCUGAGAAAGGAGCUACUGGACAAUUUAUACAAGCUACUAUGCCUUAUAUCAAAAAGGAUGUACCCGUGGUUAUUGCUUUCCGGGCACUUGGCGCUGUUUCUGAUCAAGAUUUUCUACAAUAUGUUUGUUAUGAUCAAUCUGAUCAUCAAAUGUUGGAGGCAUUAAAACCAUGUAUAGAAGAAGCAUUUGCAGUUCAAAGUAUGGAGGUCGCCGCCGAUUGGAUCGGUCGUAGAGGUACAACCACAGGAGCAACAAGAGAUAAACGUAUAAAAUAUGCUAAAGACAUCCUUCAAAAAGAAUUGUUACCACACGUCUCAACCGAAUAUGGAUGCGAAAAACGUAAAGCAUUUUUCCUUGGUUAUAUGGUUCAUAGACUUCUGCUAGCUGCUCUAGGACGUCGUGAACUAGAUGAUCGAGAUCAUUAUGGAAAAAAAAGAAUGGAUUUGGCGGGCCCACUUUUAGCUUCACUAUUUCGUAUGUUAUUCAAAAAGCUUACAAAGGAUGUCUCAAUAUAUUUAAGAAAAUGCAUCGAUUCAAAUCGGGAAUUUAACUUGAACUUGGCGAUCAAAGCACAAACGAUCACAAAUGGUCUAAAAUAUUCUCUUGCGACUGGAAAUUGGGGAGAUCAAAAAAAGGCUAUGCAGUCCAGAGCUGGUGUAUCUCAAGUGCUGAACCGAUAUACUUUCGCUUCCACUUUAUCUCAUUUGAGAAGAUGUAAUACUCCAAUGGGAAGAGAUGGAAAAAUCGCAAAACCUCGUCAAUUACAUAAUACUCAUUGGGGUAUGGUAUGUCCUGCCGAGACUCCUGAAGGACAAGCUUGUGGUCUUGUAAAGAAUCUAUCUUUAAUGUCAUAUAUUUCUGUCGGAAGCGCGUCAAAACCAAUUAUUGAUUUUUUGGAAGAAUAUGGAAUGAUUAACCUGAAUCAACAAUUUGACCCUGCAAAUAUUAAAGACAAUACAAAAGUUUUUGUUAAUGGUAAAUGGGCAGGAAUAUCAUCUUCACCUGAGCAAUUAUCAUAUACUCUCAAAGGCCUACGAAGAACUGUUGAUGUAAGUCCUGAAGUUAGUGUUGUUAGAGAUAUUCGAGAAAGAGAGUUACGAAUCUAUACCGAUGCCGGGAGAGUAUGUCGACCUUUAUUUAUUGUAGAAAACGAGCGCUUAAAAAUAACAAAGUCUCUUAUUCAAAAACUGGAUGUAUAUAAAAUGAAAAAUCGUCAAGCUGGGAUAAUUGAAGAAUCAGACGACGAUUUAUUUGAAGAGGAGGAUAAUACAGAUGAUGAUUUAGAUGAUGAUAUGGAUAAUCCAGAGCAACCAUUUAGAAGACGACGAAAAAAGAAAAAAAUGACAUUCGGAUGGCAAGAUUUGAUUUCAAAUAGUGUUAUAGAAUAUAUUGAUGCCGAAGAAGAAGAAACCGUUAUGAUUUGCAUGACACCAGAAGAUUUAGCUGCUGCAAGGGUAUUCCAUGAAACUGGUGAAACAAAGCAAGAAAAGGCACAUGAAAGAGAUGUAGCAGCGCGUGUAAAAAGUGAAACAAAUUUAAAAGUACAUUCUUGGACACAUUGUGAAAUUCAUCCUAGCAUGAUUUUAGGAAUUUGUGCCAGUAUUAUUCCUUUCCCUGAUCACAACCAAUCACCUCGUAAUACGUAUCAAUCGGCUAUGGGUAAACAAGCAAUGGGUAUUUAUGUAACAAACUAUCAAUUAAGAAUGGACACAUUAGCAAACAUUUUAUAUUAUCCACAAAAACCAUUGGUAACAACAAGAGCGAUGGAAUUUUUAAGAUUUCGUGAAUUACCAGCAGGUCAAAAUGCGAUCGUUGCUAUUCUUUGUUAUAGUGGUUAUAAUCAAGAAGAUUCUGUUAUUAUGAACCAAAGUAGUAUUGAUAGAGGAUUAUUUAGAAGUAUUUUCUACAGAAGUUAUAUGGAUCAAGAAAAGAAAGUUGGAAUGUUAACUAUUGAAGAAUUUGAAAAGCCGACAAAAGAAUCCACUCUCCGUCUUAAACAUGGAACAUACGAAAAAUUGGAAGAAGACGGAUUAAUCGCCCCCGGAACAAGAGUGUCUGGUGAUGACAUAAUAAUUGGAAAAGUAACUCCAAUUUCUCCUGAGACUGUAGAGCUAGGUCAAAGAAAAUCGACACAUGUUCAAAGGGACGCUUCUACCCCAAUGAGAAGUACUGAGACCGGUAUUGUUGACCAAGUUAUGGUUACAACAAAUGCUGAGGGAAUGAAAUUUGUUAAAGUGAGAGUUAGAAGCACACGAGUACCACAGAUGGGAGACAAAUUUGCUAGUAGACAUGGGCAAAAAGGAACAAUUGGCAUCACAUAUCGUCAAGAAGAUAUGCCUUUUACUGCUGAAGGGAUUACACCAGACCUUGUUAUCAAUCCUCACGCUAUUCCAAGUCGUAUGACAAUUGGGCAUAUGGUUGAAUGUUUGUUGGGGAAGGUUUCUACUUUAACAGGACAGGAAGGUGAUGCGACUCCUUUCACAGAUGUGACAGUUGAAGCUAUUUCUCAAAGUUUAAGGUCACAAGGAUAUCAAUCCAGAGGAUUUGAGGUAAUGUAUAAUGGACAUACGGGACGUAAAUUAUCUGCACAAGUUUUCUUGGGACCGACUUAUUAUCAAAGGUUAAAACAUAUGGUGGACGAUAAGAUUCAUUCCCGUGCGAGAGGUCCUGUACAGAUUUUAACACGUCAACCUGUUGAAGGUCGUAGUCGUGAUGGUGGAUUACGUUUCGGAGAAAUGGAACGUGACUGUAUGAUAUCUCACGGAACCGCCAUGUUUUUGAAGGAACGAUUAUUUGACGCGUCAGAUGCUUAUCGUGUUCACGUAUGUGAUAUAUGUGGAUUAAUGGCCAUUGCGAAUCUCAAGAAAAAUACUUUCGAAUGUAAAGCUUGUAAAAACACUACACAGAUAUCACAAAUUCAUAUCCCAUAUGCAUGUAAAUUAUUAUUCCAAGAAUUAAUGGCAAUGAAUAUUUCACCGCGUUUAUUCACGUAA